AUCUCAAGAAUUUGUGAAGAGUCUCCGCGCACCUCUUUCCCUGCACCGAUGGAGGCCUGAUCGCGUAUAUCGCGAGAUCGCGCAAUUGUGCCGGUUUACCGUCGGAGCUAUUAAUUCGAUUAAAAUCAGAAAAUUAUCUCCCUCGCCGUUGCUGGCCGUUUGCUGGCACGGCCCCGACAUCGGCUCUCCGGCUGGCGGCAGUUGUGACUUCGUUGAUCGCUCCCUCUGGUCGGUGUGGACUCGCGCAAAUUCUUUUAGCCAGCCUGUGUGUGCCCCGCGCGCGUGUUUUUUAUUACUUUUCAAGUGAAGUCGACGGAGUCGUUGAAGAAGAUCGACUUGGCGUGGCAGUACGUAUUGUGGCUCAUUUUGUUGUCUUUCUACGCCCGUCUUGUUUUAAUGCUAUAGUUAUUAAUAGUGGUGCUUUAAUUCCUUUGUGAGCCGGGUUGGAUGCUUUUUUUAUGUUUCUUUACCUACCGGGUAGGACGGUUAGCUGAACUCUUUCGUUUUCUCGUGGAGCCGGCCAGUUUGUGGUGGUAUGGUAUGUAGAGGGCAAUCAAUCGACCGUCGAGCAUCCUUUCAAAGAAACUUUGAGCGAAAAAAAAGUGAAAACCGAACAAAUCUGUGCUCUUUCUGGUUCAAGUCUGCUCAAUCAUCAUCAUGUUAUAGCACCGCUUGCCCCUGCUAUAACUACAGCUUCCCCGUCCAGUUGCAGAUUCUACAAAAACCACUGUGAUUUUCAGUUGCGUCCACCGCAUGCGCGCAUCUCGCAGCCCGCAAAGAACACUGCCUGUCGACCAAUAGAAUAGAUUGAGUCCGAAUUUCGGACAACGCUCAACCACAUAGUAGUCCGCAGACAGCGAAGCAGGCAACGCUGAGCCAAAACCCACUCCGGUGCACACCACGACACAGACACGAGUCACCAGCGCACAAGCGAAAUGGAAUAGCCUACGCCAGUCACAGCGACGGGGACGGCAACGACGAUGACCGGCGACAGUCGAUUGGGUUAGUCGCGGUUCGGCCUCCGUCCGGUUAGCAACGUUUGUGGGUAGUGGCGAUCGUCGUCGAAGAGUUGUUUUGGGGGAACAAAUGGAGCUUCAUUCUGCGGAACAUGUGCUAUGAUUCUGCUUUCCGAGUGAUAAAGGUGCAAAUUGGAGGAUUUUUUUUUCUUGUUUUUAUUCAUUAAUACACAGUCGAUUAAGUUAUUUCCAUUGAUGAGUGAAACUCCUUUGCAAGUGUGGUGAUUUAUGUAAUGUUGAUGAACAUACCAUAAAUUAGCGAGUCUGCUGAUAGUGCGGUGUCAUUAUUUAUGGGAAGAGAAAAUAUUUAUUUGAAAAACAACGAGCGUCAUUUGGUUGAAAGAAAAAAAAAAGUGCGAACAUAAAACAUUGACCAUCCACCAGUACACGACGAAACUCAUCAUAUCAGCUGUUUGUUGUAACAAAAAGUGACACGAUUCGACGGAGGGAGGCUGAAAGACCAAAUAGGAGAGAGAGUGAGAGAGCGGCCGCGGGCAAAAAUACAAAUAUCCGACGACAGGGUAGAUAGUCAAUUCAACAAACAACAGCCGAUAGAAUGGUGCUGGUACUGAACGGCGUCCUACAAGACGAGUGUCCGAUGGAUACGCACUCGCUGUUCGUGCAGCAUCCGGUAUACCGGGAUACGGCCACACAGUUCCUGUCGAUUCCUACGAAAACGGUUGGAGCCCCUGGGCUGCUGUACGUCUGUCAGCGGGAAAUGGCCGCCGUUGCUCCACACGACAAAAAUGUAAACAUAAUCGGAUCGGACGAUGCGACAACCUGUGUUAUCGUGGUGGUGCGGCAUUCAGGAUCUGGUGCGGUAGCCCUCGCCCAUUUGGAUGGAAACGGUACCGACGAAGCUGUAUCGACAAUGGUUGCCCGGGUUCAGGAAUUGGCCUUUGGUUACCCGGAAGGCCGCAUUGAACUGCAGCUGAUAGGUGGCUUCAAAGAUCACCAGGGCUACGCGGAGGAUCUGUUCAGCAACAUUAUGCAAUCCUUCCACAAGCACCCGUUGGAGAUCGACCUAACGCAGGCCUGCGUCGGAGAGCUGAACACCAUCCUACGGGGAGACAUCAACUGGCCCAUCAUCUACGGAGUGGGUGUUAAUGUGAAAACCGGGGAAAUAUUUCCCGCAACAUUACCGGAAAAGGGUCCCGAUCUUCAUCUGCGUAUGGCGCGGCAUUUCACUGGUGGCCAUCAGGUGCUAGAUAUUUACGAUUCCACCGUCGGAAUGCUCCGAAUUGGUCCGUUCAACUACGAUCCACUACGGGGCGUAGAUCUGUGGUUGUCGCAGAGUGACGAAUUCAUUUUACAACAUUUAUCCACCAGUCCCGACGUGGAGCCACCCCAUUUCGCUAUGCAAGUCCGUGCCACACUUAGAUACAUCCAAGAUAACCAAUUUCCAGCGGUAACGGUGUUCCGAAACAACAAUCCGCAUUAUUUCCGGCGGGAUGAAGCGACUGGUUGCUGGGCACCGGUGCGUUUCUAGAACUCAAGCGACAGCAGCGGAAAACGUUUCCUCGUAACAAGCUCCACUCUAUGAUUUAUUUAACCGACGUAGGAUUAUUUUUUACUGUUUUAACCACCACAGGAAUUGCACCUGGUUUCUUUAGUAGCCUCCUUAGAUUCACUUUGUUUCCUUCAAACUAAUUUAUAGGUUAUGCUGUUAUAUGACUGUAGACAUUAAUCUGUUUUGGAUCAUUUCACUAUCUCCUGGGCGAAUCUGUUGACCGACCCCACUGGCGAAGCUAGCAAUCUGUGGUAGAAAAUUAAGAUUUCAAAUGGAUAAAAGCAAACCGAUUGGUACGAAUUAUUGUUCAAAAUUUAGUUUUAUGCUCGUUAAAAAAUAAACCGUCGUAGAAAUUGA